UUGUUCUGCACUAACUCUAGUUUUAGGUUUGUCAGAAUGUCCUCUGCCAAUAACACAUUUGAAAAUGUGAAGGCAGUUAUCUUAUCAGCUCAUAAAAGCACCACAUCGAGAGAGAAGGUCAGCUUCUAUAACUCCUGGGCAGAGAACUAUGAUCAGGACGUUGCCGUUCUGGAAUACCGUGCACCAAGUCUGGCAGCAAACUGCAUCUCGUCUCAUUUCGGUGGCGCGCGAGAAGCAGCUGUGGUGUUGGAUGUGGCAUGUGGCACUGGACUUGUGGCCAAACAGAUGAAGCAACAUGGAUUUGGACAAUUUGUUGGUGUAGAUGGAAGUGAGGCCAUGCUGGAUGCGGCCAGAAAGAACGGGUUUUACCGAGACUUGAAGCAGUCCUUGCUUGGAGAGGAGCCGCUUCCCUCAGAGUGGGGUUUGUUUGACGUGGUUGUCAUUGUGGGAGCCCUGAGUGUCGGCCAGGUCCCCGUCGGUGCGGUUAGACAGCUGUGCAAGGCCACCAAGCCAGGUCUGAGUGGCUACAUCUGCAUGACAACAAGAAGUAACCAAGACAAUCUGGAAUACAAAGCCACCCUUGAGUUGGAACUGAGACAAAUGGAGAAGGAGGGGCUUUGGACUUGUGUAGAGGUCACUGAAGUGGACAAAUGGGAGAGAGCUGUGUCAGAUCAAGAGGAUGGCUACAUACCCGGUGCUGUGUAUCUUUAUAAGAAACUAUAA